CCAUCGCGAACACGACGUCCCAGUAAAAGUUUUAAAAAGCUAAUUUUUGCUAUUCUAACGACUCGAUUACUUAUCAAAAUAUUCUGAUCAGAAGGCAGAAUAUAUCUACCAACCAUGCCAAUAUCUGGAGACCAGCAAAAUAUCAUAUUCGAAGAAGAUGACCUUCCAUAUGAAGAAGAUAUCUUGAGAAAUCCUUUUUCUGUAAAAUGUUGGUUGCGAUAUAUCGACUUCAAGAAAGGUGCCGCAAACAAAGUGGUCAACCUCAUAUAUGAGAGGGCUUUGAAGGAACUGCCAGGAAGUUACAAACUAUGGUAUAAUUACUUGAAGUUACGCCGGAAGCAAAUCCGAGGUCGCUGUAUCACUGACCCAUCAUAUGAGGACGUCAACAAUGCAUUUGAAAGAGCAUUUGUGUUCAUGCAUAAGAUGCCGAGAAUCUGGCUGGACUAUUGUCAGUUCCUGAUAGACCAAGGAAAAAUACCGAGAACUCGACGAACCUUUGAUCGUGCCCUACGAGCCCUUCCCAUCACCCAACAUUACAGAAUCUGGCCACUGUAUCUCAAGUUUGUGAAAAUGUACCCAUUACCUGAAACAGCUGUCAGAGUCUACAGGAGAUACCUCAAGCUUCAGCCAGAGAAUACCGAAGCGUUCAUAGACUACCUGAAAUCAGGUGACCGCCUUGAUGAAGCAGCACAAAGACUUGCUGACAUCAUAAAUGACGACGACUUUGUCUCUAAGGAAGGCAAAUCGAAGCACCAGCUUUGGAAUGAAUUGUGUGAGCUCAUCUCAAAGAAUCCAGACAAGGUCAAGUCGUUACACGUAGACCCGAUUAUUCGCCAGGGAAUCAAACGCUACUCUGAUCAGAUUGGUUUACUAUGGAACUCAUUGGCGGACUAUUUCACCAGAGGUGGUCAUUUCGAAAAGGCUCGGGACAUAUAUGAAGAGGCCGUGCAGACUGUGAUCACAGUGCGCGACUUCACUCAGGUGUUCGACGCAUAUUCUCAAUUCGAAGAAAGUAUGAUCAGUGCCAAGAUGGAAACAACGGCAGAAUUGGGACCAUCAGAAGAAGAUGACCUUGACCUUGAGUUGAGAUUGGCGCGUUUAGAGGAUCUGAUGGAUCGGCGGCCUCUCUUGCUGAACAGUGUGCUACUUCGACAAAAUCCUCAUAAUGUCCACGAGUGGCAUAAACGAGUCAAGUUGUAUGAAGGCAAGGCGAGGGAGAUCAUCAACACAUACACUGAAGCAGUCCAGACAGUUGAACCCAAACUGGCCACAGGAAAGUUACAUACGCUCUGGACAGCAUUUGCUAAGUUUUAUGAAGAUGCAGGACAGGUAGAAGAUGCCCGAAUCAUAUUUGAAAAGGCAACCAAAGUACCGUAUAAACACGUGGAUGACUUGGCGUCAGUCUGGUGUGAGUGGACAGAAAUGGAACUUAGGCAUGAGAAUUAUGAAGAAGCGCUAAAGCUGAUGCAAAAAGCCACAGCACCACCUCCAAGGAAAGUGGCGUAUCAUGAUGAGGCGGAGACUGUGCAAGCGCGGGUCCAUAAGUCCCUGAAAGUUUGGUCAAUGUAUGCAGAUUUAGAGGAGAGCUUUGGCACUUUCAAAUCUUGUAAAGCAGUUUAUGAUCGAAUCAUCGACCUUAAAAUAGCCACACCUCAAAUCAUCAUCAACUAUGGUAUGUUUUUGGAGGAAAAUAAGUACUACGAGGAGGCAUUCAGGGCAUAUGAAAGAGGCCUUGCCUUGUUCAAAUGGCCGAAUGUCUACGACAUCUGGACGACAUAUUUGACAAAGUUUAUCGAGAGAUAUGAGGGCAAAAAACUGGAACGAGCGCGAGAUCUUUUUGAGCAGUGUCUUGAGGGAUGUCCGGCCAAAUUUGCGAAGACCCUUUACCUUCUUUAUGCCAAGCUUGAAGAGGACCACGGAUUGGCUCGUCAUGCAAUGGCGGUCUAUGAUAGGGCGACACGUGGUGUGCUCCCAGAGGAGCAAUAUGAGAUGUUCAACAUCUACAUCAAGAGAGUGGCGGAAAUCUACGGCGUCACCCACACAAGGGCGAUCUAUGAAAAGGCGAUUGAGGCAUUGAAUGAGGAACAGACUGUUGACAUGUGCCAGCGCUUUGCUGACCUCGAGCGAAAGCUGGGAGAAAUUGAUCGUGCUCGGGCCGUCUAUGCUCAUUGUUCACAAAUUAGUGAUCCAAGGGUUUAUCCAGGCUUCUGGAACAUAUGGAAAGACUUUGAGAUGAAACACGGAAAUGAAGACACUCUGCGAGAAAUGUUACGAAUCAAGCGUAGUGUCAUGGCGACGUACAACACACAGGUCAACUUCAUGUCAUCGCAGAUGUUAGCCGCUACGCAGGGCCAGAAACAAGAUGAGACACAAGGUGAAGCGCCCCCAGCUGGUGGUGAGGAUGACCAGAUGCGAAAAUUGGAGGAACGUGCUCGUCAGUUGGCAGAGGAAGCUGUACAAGAAAAAAGCAAACCCGAUAAGGGAAUUCUCUUUGUCAGGAGCACCACCACGAAUGAAGAACUGAGUGACAUGACAAAAACAAACAACCCGGAGGAAAUCGACAUUGAUGCAGAUUAUUCUACAGAUGAGGAUGAGCAGGUUGAAGAAGUUCAAAUUGGUCAGCAGCCUGUGCCAUCUGCUGUAUUCGGUGAUUUAGAUAAGGAUGAUUCAGACUCAGACUAAAGCAGCUGUAUUCUAAUGACGAAUGUUCAUCUGUCUAUUUUGGAUUAUCUGUAAAAUCAAUCUCAUGGAAGCAGAUACUAUGGAAAGGGCACCAUGCGUCUUGAAUUGUGAAAAUUUUUUUUGAAACUGAUCAAGAGGGAAAUAGACACCUUUCUUGAAAAAAGUGUAUUCGAACCCAGAAACUGGAAGGAUAAAAGCUUAUGAAUAGAAGUGAAUUGCUUUUGAAGUAGAGCAGGCCCCUUAACUCAAACAAAAUUAUGUUAUUAAUAGUAUAAAAGAAUGAGCCUUGAAAGAAUGUGAGUACAUGCAGGUGGCAUAAAAGUCUGAUAAA